AUGUUGCCUCCAUUCGAAAAGAAGUCGUACCCGUUCUAUAUUCAAGAGGAAAUUAUUUUGAGUUCGCGAGCAUUGCAGUCUCUAGCCGUUUGUCAACUGCUUGUCAAGGUAUUGGCAAGAGCUGGCGGCAUCCGUCAGAAUCCUGAGGGCGUACCGAAAAAAGCCAAGUCGACAUCGUCGUUGAAGAGUGAUUUUGUAGUCCACUGUGAAGCCAUGCAAGCUUCGAUACGCAGAGGUGCAGCUAGACUUAAUUCACGUUUAAAUGAAAUUGAAGAGGUGCUCAAAGAGACUGCUAUGAGUUUAGUGCCUAAAAUUGGAACGGAUUGGAACGAGGAAUUAUCUGAGUUAUUUGCUUCUCAAAACGUGGUCGUGUGUGAUCGGGUAUACAAGUCUUAUUUCAACUCAUGUGCCGAUAUUCGUUACUUUCUGGAACAUACUAUUGUUUGA